UCCCAAUUUUUGGAAUACCUUCGGAGUGAAUCGAUGGAAAAUGAUUUUGAUGAAGUGGUAUUUGCCCAAGCAUGGCCAAUCACACUCUGUAUUACCUGGAUGGAUAGGGAAAAUGGUAAUGCCUGUUCACUGCCAUCGCAUGAUAAUUGGACUAUUCAUGGCAUCUGGCCCAACAAAAUCGGCCCAACUUAUGGACCUUUGUUUUGUAGUAAUAGUAGUGCCUUCAAUACUAGUACCUUGGAACCGUUCAGACAUGAGUUGGAGAAAUACUGGCCAAAUAUACGAAAAGGUUCUCAACACGAUGCUUUUUGGAAAUAUGAAUGGCAAAAGCAUGGUACAUGCGCGCACACUCAUGACUCACUAAAUACUGAAGUGAAAUAUUUUGGUCAGGCCUUAGAUUGGUCGCAGCGUUAUUCAAUAAGUGAACUCCUUUCAAAAUCGAUUAUCUCCCCGGGAGCAAGAUACAACUUCACGAGCAUUCAUAAUGCUUUUAAAAGUGCUAUUAAUGUCAGUGCUGUGAUUAGCUGUGCCAGCGAGAAAAACCAUCCGAGUGAACACCAAUAUCUGCAUGAAAUUAGAAUAUGCUUCAGCUUAACAUUGGAACUAGUUGAUUGUCACAAUUAUCUAACGAGAAAUUCAUCGCUUUUGGGAAUCUAUACUACGAAUUGCUACUUAGGUCAAUCGAUUUUUUAUCCAAAGGAUUUGCAGAAACAUCUAGAUGGCAAACUAUCAAAGUCAAUUUGGCGCAUCAUUUGGGAAAAUCUGUCAAAAAGUGCAAUUUGGUUUAGAUUUUGAAUUUUGCCAAAUACUGAGAGAACGUUUUCAGCUAGUU